UUGCGAGCUUUUCAUGACAAAAAAGACCAGUUUCCAGUGCUCGAAUGCUCAGGAAAUACCCAGCUUUGUCCAAGAAGAGUGCCCAAUAGGAAUAAUGCCCUAUGACCAUAGGGCAUCCUAGAAACGCGAUAUUUGUUUGGCCAACCCUGCGUUUGCAUUUUUGUUUUUUUCUAUUUACCUGGUUUUUUUUUUGGGGGGAAAACUACAUUUCAGCGGAAAGCGAAGAGUUUUCCACGAAAUCAAGCGAAGAACAUGGACAGCGACAAGCAGCUGGAAAGGCAGCUGGAGAAGGAGCUGGACGAGAUGCCGGUGCAGGAUUUGGACGACGAUACCUACGACGAGUACGAUCUGAUUGUGAUACCCGAUCAGGGCAAGACCUCGCCAAAGCAGGCGCACAGCGAUGCGCCGCAACCCGAGCAGCACACGGGCGCGCCAAAAACGGAGGAGCUGGGCCAACGCAUGCGCCCCACCUGGCCACCGUCGUCCGCCGGCGGCGGCGAUAUGACCACCAUUGAGCUGAUCUCAUCGGACGACGAGCCGUCGGUGGAGGAGGCUGAGGGCGGAGAUGGUGGCGGUGGCGGCGCUGGUAAUGCUUCCACAAGCAGCAGCGAUGAUGUGGGCGUGAUCGAGGACUCGGACAGCGAGCUGUCCAGCGAUAGCGACAGCGCAAGCGGCGACAAUCAGCUGGAGCGUUCGUACCAGGAGCUGAAUGCUCUGCCCAACAAACAGUUCGCCCAGAUGGUCACCCUCAUCGGCAUCGCAUUCAAACUGAAUGACCUGGAAAAGAUCGAGUCAUCGGUGCUCGCCCUGCAACAAGUGGCCACUGUGCCGGCACACGUGUGGCUGAAGUAUCUCAAGGCCCGCCUGGUUGUCACCCAGACGGCCGAGGAGCGCAAGGCGUUCGAGGAGAAGUGUGCCAAAGCCUUGGGCUACUACUACAGCAUACCGCUCUCGGAAUACAUUGUGAACUAUCUGGUGGAUCAGGGCAACGUGGAGAACCAUGUGCUGUGGGCCAAACUGCUGGCGGACUACGACGUUGAGCGUCCCGACUUUGGCGACAAGCUGCGCACGCUGCUCGCGACAAUUACGGACGAAAAGGAGGCUGCCGCUUUUGAGGAACUGCUACAGAAGCACUGCGUCAGCUGGAAGUGCAGCCAGGAGCAGCGGCAGCUGAUCAAGCCCAUUGUGGACGAGUUUAAGCGGCAUCUGGAGGAGAUUGGACGUGGUUGGGAUUGGUCUGAGACAUACAAGCGCCAUGUGGUCAAUGUGGAGGCGUUAUCUCUCGACGAUGAUGACCUCAAAAACGCUGUGAUUCGUUUCAUAUUUGAGCGCUCGGUGGCCAAGUUCCCAAUUGUGGAUGUGCUGUGGCUAUCCUACAUCGAGUUCAUUCAGGGCAGCGAUGGCGGCUGUGUGGCGGAGGAGGAUGAUGAAACUGCCGAGUUGACAGCCAAGCGGGCCAGUCGCUUGAGCAAAGGUUACCUGCGCAACACGGCACUGGAUUUGGCCAAGCGUGGAGUGCGCAGUCGUCCCAGUGUGCAACUGAAUCACCGAUACCUCGACCUGAUGGAGCGCGCCGACUUCGAGCAGCCGGAAGUUGAACAACAGAUACGCGCCAUACUGCAGCGCAUUGUGCCCGACAUGGACAUGACCGUGGAGCUGCACUUGGACUAUCUGGCGUACUGUGUGCGCAACACCAAUGCCGGCGACGAGCAGCAGGCCGCCAGUCUGCGUGCCGCCUUCAAUCGCGUGUGGGAAGAGCUAUCCGCGCUCUACGGCGACGAGGCGGACACCAGGUACGAGGUGCUGCAGCUGUGGGCCCAGGUGGAGUACACGCACCUGGCCAGUCCGGCCAAUGGCUGGCACAUUUGGCGCCAGAUAAUGGGUUAUCCAGGCAGCUCGCAUCGCGGCCUGCUUUGGCUGGGCUUUGCCCAAAUGGAGAGCGAAUACAAUGCCGGCCAGGGCACACGCGAUGUUCUACGCGAAGCGCUGUCCCAGCCCGUCCUGGAGGAUGGCAUUAUGGUGCAGGAGCUCUACCGACGCUAUGAACGCUGCUAUGGCACCUACGAGUCCAUUGCCGCCUGCCAGGCCCUCGACCUGCCCGCUGAAUAUCUGAAGCCGCGUUCCCGCAUCAAGCCCAAUACUCAGCCGACCAAUGCUCGCCAACAGAAGCAGCAGCAGCAGCCUCGCCAGCAAACACAAUCGAAUAGCGAGCCACUGAAUCGCGAGCAGCGACGCCGCCAGGCGCACGAGCAGCAACAGCAGCUGAAGCAGGGACAAAAAAAGAGGCCACCGCCCACACAAGCGGCCAAAACAGAGACAUCCGCCGGUGGAGCUUCGCCUCCAACAUCGAAAGCCAGGGGACCAGCCAAUGCGCAGGGAGCAGAUGCAGAGGCCAGGGAAUCGAACUUUAAGUAUUCGCCCAACAUGGAGAUCAACAAGAUCUUUGUGCGGAACCUGCAUCCCGCCUGCAGCAAGGAGGAGCUGCACGAGCUCUUCUCGCCCUUUGGCAGCAUCAAGGAUGUGCGCCUGGUGCACAAGCUAAACAAGCAGUUCAAGGGCAUUGCCUACGUGGAGUUCGAGAAGCCGGGAGAGGCACAAAGAGCGGUGGCUGGACGCGAUGGUCACCUGUUGAAGGGCAUGAAUAUUUCCGUGGCCAUUUCCAACCCGCCGCCGAGGGGCUCAGCCUCGGAUGUUGCCAAGCCCAGUGUGGCGCCCAAGAGACGAGUGCCCACCUCGCUGAUACCAACGACUCUGGUGCGCCAGGAGGUGGCCGCCAAGAAGCGACGCUUGCUGCUGGCCGAGCCGGGCACAUCAACGGCUGACGCGGCCACCGAGCACGAGGCUAAUGGCGGCGCCGCAGUGGCCCUUGUGGAGCAAAAGGCGGAGGAGGAGCCAGCUGCUGCUGCUGCGCCCAAGUCCAACGAUGACUUUCGCAAGCUAUUUCUUAAGGAUUAGGCCACAAGUGUCGGCGGCGGCUGAGCCAGGAGCCAGCAGCGAUUAGUAAUUUGGAGCUUACAUUGAUUUACAUUAGAUUUAAGGCAGCCUUAAGUGAAGCGAUGGGCUGGAGACGUGUACAAAGUGAAGCAGACGUAAGACAAUGAUUUUUUUUCGGACACAAUUGGUUUCUCACGUGUGAACCAAGUAAAACAAAAAAAGAAAUGAAAAAUGUUUGAAAGUAAGCAGGUUAUGCAUGUGCUAACUCCUCGAGUUGAGUUAUCCUGUGGCUGCCCAGCAAAACGACACUUGUCGUCCACGAAAGUCGAAAUAAAAUGUACAAAAAUUGAGUUGAUUAAAGCAA